AUGAAAGCUCUCUUUAAUCCCGUCGAAUCCCUCUCUUCGAUCUCUUCGUUUCAGAUCAAGAGGUCUCUCUACUUUACCGGACCGAGUCCUUCAUGCCUCCGGUUUCCUUUAACCGGCGGUUCGUCCCGGCGGUCGAAGCUCGGUGGUGGUGGUUUGAAGAUUAAGGCAGUGUUGGAUUCCGCAAUGAUGGAUCAGUUAGGGCUUAAGAAAUCUGAUAUUAAGAAUCCGGCUCUUUCUUCUACUUACCGGAGAUCGGAGAUUCCGAAGCCAAACCUUACCGUUCUCGAUGCUCAAGCUAGGGUUUGUACUGGACCGACUCAGACUAAGCCUCUUACCGAAGAACAGGCUUUUAAGGUGUUUGAUACUAUAUUAAGAUCAGCUAGAGGGGAGCUUAAAGGUGAAGAACCUGUUUCGAAGGCGCAACUUGGGGCAUUUUUUGCUGGAAUGACGAUCCGUGCAAAUGCGUUUCCUCAGGAAACUCAAUGGAGCGAAGGUGAAAGACGGGCGAUGGAUGUGUUUUGGCCGUUACUGGUUCGGGCACUACCUCCUGAUGUGCUCUUCAUUGCAGAUCCUGAAGGCUCUCUUUUGGGUACGGGAAGCUCGGUUGGACCAACUUUUGUUGGCAAUGAAACUAGAGAGAUGAGAUUGGUUGGUGCGCUAAGAGAGAUUUUGGCUGGAGGUCAUCUUGGGUAUGAGGAGGUUAAGGGUGUUUUAAGAGACGUUCUUCCGCUUGGAACGGAAGAUAGCUUAACCUCGGGAGUGAGCGAGUCACUGCUCUCGGCGUUUUUGAUCGGUCAACGUAUGAACAGAGAAACAGAUCGUGAGCUUAAAGCUUACUGCCUUGCAUUCGAUGACGAACUCGGGGCUCCUCCAGUUGCUGAUGUCAAAUCGUUAACCCAUUAUGGCGAGCCUUAUGAUGGGAAUACUCGAUUCUUUCGAAGCACUCUUUUUGUUGCUACAGUUAGAUCCUGCUAUGGUGAAUCUUCAUUGCUCCAUGGCGUGGAAUGGAUGCCCCCAAAAGGGGGUGUGACCGAGGAACAAAUGCUGAAGUUUAUGGGAGCAAACACAAGCUUGUCUGUUCAGCAGGCAAAAGAACUCAUCGAGGACGAGAAGGCUGGAUUUGCAUAUCUUAGUCUACGGGAAGCUCGGCCGUCUUUAAAUUCGCUAAUCGGAAUGAGGGAGCAUAUAAAGAAGCGUCCUCCUCUGGCCACAACUGAGAAAGUCCAGCAAUUUGUGAGGGCUACAGGGAAGGAAGCAAUUGUGGCUGGAUUUUACCAUGAAGGCUAUGAGGAACCUCUUCUAAUGCUUAUGAGAAGAAGAGGUGUCCAUUCUGGUUUGGUGAUUAAGGGUGAGGAGGGGGCUCUCUCAAUGACUACACGGGUCCGGGCAGCAAGUGCAUCAAAAGGGUUUCCAGUUAACUACUGUUCUGGGUUUCGUUCUUUGAGUUCAGACACGGCUCUAGGAGCUGACGGGGUCUCACGUCUGAGUUUCAAUCUUGAGGUGGAUGCGAGAGACUAUGGGUUUGAACCAACAGAGACUCCACGAACUGAUCGAUCGGUAUCGAAGAACAUAGAGCUGGGUUUAGCAGCGCUUCGUGGUGAGAAAGGCGCGGCUUAUGAUAGAAUCGUCCUAAAUGCUGGGAUUGUGGAUCAUUUAUUAGGAUGCGAAGGCGCGGAAGACGUAGCUGUAGCUAUGGAGAGAGCAAAAGAAGCCAUUGACAGUGGGAAGGCUCUAAAGAAACUUUUGAAUUACAUAGAAAUCUCACGAAAGAUGAGAUAG